AGAUCUUCCUCUUUUUGAAAACACAGAUUCUAUUCAAAUGCUUCUGCAUUUAGCAAUGCACUCAUAAAAUCUGCCUCCAUUCUUGGAUUCAAUCUGUACUACAUUUGCAAUUUUGUUCUCCGUUCCUCAAAUUUACGGUAGCUGAAGACGGACGAUCUCAAGCAAGUGAAGAUGCUCACAUUGAAAGAAUGAAAGGAGGAACGUUCCCUUUGAGAUCAACAUAAAACUCCAGAUCACAGGAACAAUCUGUUGCGCCAUGGCGUGCACUUCUAUGACCAUUCCUUCAUCUCCUGUGACCAAGAAUGCAAAAGAUGUUUUCAGGGAACACAAUGGUCUCCGCCGUUCAGACUCUUGCAAAGAUCUGCGCAGCAAAGGCGCACUCCGAAGAUCCUUCUCGGAAAACAAUCUUUAUUGUAUACGCGCCGCAUCCGUGCAGCCUAAACUAAAAAGCAGCCGUUCGUUUGGGAUUUUCCCUUUCCAGAUCAUCCCUAGGUCGCUUGAAUUGGUCCCUAACUCUCUUCGAACAUUUCUGUUUGACCCGGAAACAACUAAAGGCAUGGAUGUAAUGGGGAAAAAUGGCGAUCCUGUUGAAACUCCAGAAGAAAGCAAUGACGAAGAGGAGGUAAACAGAGCAAAUUGGGUUGAAAGGCUAUUGGAGAUUAGGAGUCACUGGAGGAAUCGGCAGAAAAAAGAGGAUACCAACGGAGAUGACCUUUAUGACGUUGAAGAAAUCGGUGAUUGUGACUGCGAUAGUGAAACGGAUGGAUGUGUGGUGGAUUAUAACUCAGAAAAGGAAGAAGAAAUGAAAUAUGAUGGUGAUACAUUUUCAAAUUUUUUGGCUCAAGUGCCAUGGUCUGACACCAAGCUAUUCUCUAAGCUGGCUUUCUUGAGCAACAUGGCUUAUGUUAUACCUGAGAUCAAAAUUAAGGCCAAAGAAUUGAGAAGAUAUUAUGGAUUGCAAUUUGUAACAUCCUCACUAGAAAAGAAAGCAGAGGCAGCUGCCAUUAAAGAAAAAUUAGAACAGGACUUGACAACUUUACCUGAUAAUUUUGUUGCCAAUUCCAAUUCACAAGAAACCAAGGACCCUGAGAAGAAGUUCACAGUCAGGUCAUCUGUGUAUGGCAUUGCUGCCUCGGCAGCAUCUUACGUCCAAUCACAGUCAAAAGACUAUUCAUCUUGCGGCUCUAAGUCGCAGGAGAAGCGCGGCUGUUCAGCUUCAUACAAAAAUGGAGUUCAAACAAAUGAGGAAGGAGAAAGCUCACCACGUAUAUACAAAUCAGAGGUGGCCGCGGUGGUUGCAGCAUCGACAAUGACUGCUGUAGUUGCAGCAGGGGAGAAGGAAAAACAGGAGGCAGCAAUAGCCCUUCAAUCACUUCAUUCGUCACCUUGCGAAUGGUUUAUUUGUGAUGACAUAAGCACAUAUACCAGAUGCUUUGUGAUUCAGGGAUCUGACUCUCUGGCGUCCUGGCAAGCAAACCUCUUUUUUGAACCUGCUAAAUUUGAGGGGACAGACGUGCUUGUUCACAGAGGAAUUUAUGAAGCAGCCAAGGGCGUUUACGAGCAAUUCAUGCCAGAAAUAAUAGAGCACUUGAAUAAACAUGGAGAUCGUGCGAAGCUUCAAUUUACAGGCCAUUCACUUGGAGGCAGUCUCUCUCUUUUAGUAAACUUGAUGCUACUGACCAGGAAAGUCGUCAAGCCACAUACUCUUCGACCAGUGGUCACAUUCGGCUCGCCAUUUGUGUUUUGUGGAGGCAAAAGAAUACUCAGAGAUCUAGGGUUGGAUGAUAACCAUGUCGUCUGCGUAAUGAUGCAUAGAGAUAUCGUCCCAAGAGCUUUCUCGUGCAACUAUCCGAACCAUGUUGCUCAACUCCUCAAACGUUUAAAUGGCUCCUUCAGAUCACACCCCUGUCUAUUAAAGAACAAAAUGUUGUACUCGCCGCUCGGAAAAUUAUUCAUCCUCCAACCCGACGAAGAAUCAUCUCCGCCGCACCCUUUCCUCCCUCCUGGCGGUGCUCUUUACGAAUUAGACAAGACAAAACGAGGGUACUCUGCGGGCGUUCUAAAUGCAUUCCUCAACUGUCCGCACCCACUGGAAACGCUAAGCGACCCAACAGCCUACGGCGCAGAAGGAACAAUCUUGCGAGACCAUGACUCGAGCAACUACCUCAAGGCAGUAAAUAAAGUUCUCAGACAAAGCACAAAACCUACAGUUCCCAAAGUAAGAAAUGAAAGCAAUCUAAUGUGGCCACUGCUUGCUUCACCAUCACCACAUUCAUGGAAUAAUGAAAAUAAUUUAGAGAAUAGUAGCAUGUUAGGGUCUAAAGAAAUAAUGACCGUGUAAAAUCUUGAAACCAUUGUAUGAAAAAUAUGACUGUGUAGCUGUAAAUGUCAUAAACAAUUUAAGCCUGAAAACUGUAUCCAUUUCUAUUUUUUCAAAUACUAACGAAAGCCGAAACCCCAACCAUUCAAACUGAAAACUGAUCGAUCGGAUUCUACUUGUGAUUGAAUUGUUGUUUUCUUGCAAUGUAAACUUGAAAACUAGAGUUUGCUGUUUGAA